AUGCCGCCACAGCAAGGAGAAGUGUCUCUUUUGACACUCUUCGCAGACAUACAUUACUACCUAUCUCCUCCUACUCACAAGACCCCGCACCACCGCUUCGACAAAGGCAGCUAUGUCUACCUAUACCACAGUCCCAUGCAGCAUAACGGCCGCAUAGAGGUUGCGAACCAUGCCGGAACACCGGACCAAGAUGCCUUUGCCGGGUACCUCGACACUGUUCGGAUAGAGCAGACGUACAAGCACCCAUGCCUCUUCACACUUACAGUGGACGCCUUCCGCAGCCAAAAUGGAAGCGCGACGUCCAGCCCUCAACAAGAUAUGUCACAAUGGCACCUGCCGUCCCCAGAUCCGCAAAACAACGGCAAAUACAUGUACCGUCUCCACACAGUUGACAUGUAUUUCUGGACGCCAGAAGACGCAUCAUUAUUCCUAGAUUCUAUUAGACGGGUUGUCCAACCUCACCAGCUCCAGAUCCUGGCGAAUCCUCAAGCAGCUCCAGCGCAACCUGAAUACAAGAAUGACUCGAUGAACCCUGUGGUAGCAAAGCUCGAGCGAGCAGCCAUAUCACAUUCAAGUCGCAGUCCAAGCCUCAAUAUGAGCACGCAGCAAUCUUUUCCGGGUCCUCCGACUGCUCCGGCACCCACCUCGAGCCCUCCAGCAGCCGAUGCUCACAGCAACUUCGCGCCGAUGGCAUACAAUCCUGCUGCCCCGGCAGCUCCAGAACCCAUUGCCCACCGCGAAAAGACACCUCCGCCUCCUGACGCGGCGGAUGGCACCGGCCUUAACGCGGCAGCGUACAACGACCAUCAGCAUGCGCAGCAGUAUGGCAAUCCAUUGCAGACAUCGUUCGCGCCGCAGCCAACAUCGGGACCAUACGUGCCUGGACCCCCGUCCCGAACAUCGACAUUCUCCGGCCCACCGCAGCCACCAGGCGUCUCAAGAACAAACACUGUGGGAUCUAUACCACCUCCACCACAAAGUCCUCCAAGUUUCGCUCCGCCGCCCGCUGGCCCACCACCCGGGCAGGGUCCUGUACAGCAAUUCGCGAACCACCCAGGAUCCCCUGGCUUCGCACCCGGCGUGCAAUCGCCUGGUGCACCUAGCCAAUCUCCUCUGCCAUCGCCAGGCUAUGCACCCCAACAGUAUCAGCCGAUGGCUUCACCGCCGCCUGGGGGGUAUGCGCAGUAUCAGUACAGUAGCACGACACCACAGCAACAACCAGGCGCAGACGCAUACGGACUGCACCAGCAGCUAUACCGACCGACAGAACAAGAGGCGCAAACAAAAGACCACAGUGCACCAGGACCGCAAGCGAAGAGCAAUAUGGGGAAGAGGGCAGAGAAAUUGGAGAAGGGGAUCGGUGGGCCUCAGCCCCAGCUUGCGGAGAAGACGCUCGACAGUCUGCUGCUGCUGAUUGCUGCCUUUGUACACAGCUGCCGUCCGAUUGCGACUUCCCCGACACGGUUCCUGGCGGAUUCGAGCGCCCUUGCGUCUUCGGUGCGACGGACCCUACCACACGCCGGUCCCACGCGCGCGGGCACGUUCCGGCGACGACUGCGGGUCCAGCAGACGGGGAGACGCGGGAGUGACCUCAUUCCGUUUCGAACUCCUGAGGCGGGAAAAUUGGGUUGGGAAGAGCAGCACAUUCUGUACCUCUGCAACAUGCGACGCGCGGGAAGGCGCGUUGGAGCGGCGGAUGACCAAGUCGCAGAAGAGUCUCUGGGUGGUACGGCGACCCAGUUAUCCCAGCGUGUUCAAGCCUUGCGCACUACGUCUGGCCGCUGCGCAUUCUAUUCCAUGCUGACCGCGACGCAGAUUGCCAUUAUCGUCAUCAUAAUCUUCGUUAUCCUCCUCAUCACCUACGUCCUCACAAUCAAACUACGCAACAACUCCGGCGUGCCCACGCGCAAACCCAAGGACAAGCUUCCCUCGCUCUUCUCCUGGAAAAACCUCCGCAUAAGACCACGCCGGAACGAGUACUCCACCAGUCUGCAAGACCAGGAUGCGGGCAGGAAUGGCAGUUUCGGGGCGAGCCGCGAUCGCGAAAUGACCGGGAGCGUGGCCGUCGCGAACGACCCGGAGAGACAGGCGUUGGCCCAGGAUAGCACCACCACCACCAACAACAACGCAGGCGUGGACCGCAACACCUCGGUCCGCAGCGUCAUGACGCUUCCCGCAUACGCACCCGCUCCACGAGAAAACGAACAAGUGCUGGGAAGGGAGGGCGAGAGAGGAGGUAUUGACACGGUUGUCGAGUUCCCCGAAGAAGUCGACGAGGAAGAAGCGCGUCGGGAGGGUGAGAUGGAGUCCCUCUACCAGAUCCGACUCGCCCGCCGCCAGGAGGCGCGCGAGCGCGAGGAGCGCCGACAAGCCCGUCGAGAAGCACGCCAGCGCGGUGAUUAUGAAGCCCUUGCAGAGAUCAGAAGAAGGGCGGAACAGGCGGCCGAAGAGUCUGUGAGCGCCAUGCUCAUUGCGACGCACCAGACCGCCAACCGCGAACGCCGCGUCUCCUCUGUGCAGUACGGCGAUCUAGGUGUAGCAAGACACGACGGAACGAGGCUGCGAGCGAACUCCACCGACAGCGACAACCGGCCUCUCCUUGAUAGCGCCGCGUCGUUUGGAAGCGGAGGGCGGGAGCGAGGCUUGUCGGGUGCAACGCUGAGCACGCACCAAAGAGGUCUCUCGGCAUCGUCUCUUCGAUCCGUCUCCACAGGCCGCGCAUCCGAGGAGUACGAGUUCCCUGAGGCGGGUAACAGCCACCGCUCCAACUCAGAUGACUUCGAAGUCGUCUCCCUCUCGCAUCCAAAUUCGAACCCCCACUCGCGGGACCGGAGCAGAGUGGCGACACCCAAUCCCUCUCCCAGCAUCGAGAUACCAAACGAGGACGCGCCUGCGUACGAGGACCCGCCCAUAUACGAAAGUCCCAUUGCUACGCGCGCGCCGCAGUUACCGGGGGCGCCGCAACUGCCCACGCUCGAGCGGCUACCUAGCAUACAAAUCACGCCCGAGCCCAUGUCCGUCGGUGGCAGAGAGCCCCUGCGGGACCACUCGCCCGCAUCGAGAUAA